AGUAACAUACCACAUGGUUUGAUAACAAAACUAUCAUUUGCACGUUUUAUUAGUUACGCUUUGAUGUAACUCUUUCCUACAUAUAAGAACAAAACAUUGGUUUAGGGACUUUGUGGUGCACUAUAAAUUGUGAUAGCAUUUAUUUUCUCUAGGAGUUGCUGCCAUUUGAUAUCAGAUCACUGAAUUGUAUGAUGCAGCUAAACAAAAAUGAGUCUAAAUAGUCUACAUAAGAAAAAGAUGACAACGGUGCUGCCGCCAUUUGAAAUCAGUUGGAUGCGGAUAUGUAUGGUACAGAUGAUUAUCCAUUGAAAACGUUACUGAGCUAGUACUAGCCAAGGAUGACAACGAGUGAAGAAGAAAUAACAAGGGGUCAUGAACUUUACUUGAGACAUCUUCUACUUCUGGGGCAAGCUGCACCAGUGGGUGUAAAGGCCGUUAUUGAAAGAGAAGUCAGGAAACGAUACAUGGGAAAUCUUGCCAAUCUUUUAGCUGAAAAGAAGGAUACUUUCAAAGAGUUUCCUCAGCUGUUUCAAGAUGAUGAAGUGAAUGCAAAUAUUGAUUCGUGGGACAUACACUUGCUCUGUGUUGUAAUAUUGGUCCUACUUAAGUCGUGUCUUACCAAAACAGAGCUGGAAGCAAUAUUAUGCAUAAGUGACCAAAGAAAAGACUUAGAUAAUUAUGCCCACUGUGCUUCGCUUAACUACAAGACUUUCGAGACAAAAUGGGAUCCAUUACAUUCUGCAAUUCUGGAUCUUAUCAAAGGCAUUGAUGACGAGACAGCAAAAUUUGAGUGUAAACGAAUGAUUCAUUCCUUUAAAUCAGAAUCCGUCAGAGUUAACAUUGAAUUGAUAAACAAAAUGAAACAGACGAAAGAUGUCAACCUGCAUGUUCAAAUGGCUAUACAGGACAAAGUCGUCCCAAAAAUUCAUGGAGGAGACGAUGUCCGUUGUUACCAAAACAAGCCGCUAGGAAAACAAACUGACAACCCAGUAUUUAAAGAGAAUCUUCAAGAUAUGGUUGUCUAUGUUGACGAACCGGCGAUUCUCAGAUGUAAACUCAACGUUUCUGAGAAAGCAGUAAUGUGGGAGCAGGAUGACCAACCGGUAGAGGAAUCGGACAACUUAUUGUUUGUUGACAAGAAAUGUAUCCAAUGGUUAGCGAUAUCUCAUGCAAAGAUAACAGAUACAGGGUUCUAUUCUUGUAUAUGUGAUCAGUCUUCAACAACGGCUUUCCUCAAAGUUUCAGACAAACCUUUGAAGAUAAUCGAGAAGUUACAUGUAGCGACAGCAGAAAUCAACGUAAGAGUGAAUGCGGAUGUCAUCUUAACUUGUACAGUCGACCAGCAUUCAAACAAUAGUGUUUGGCUACAUAACGGCAAAGAAAUUAAACCGUGUGAUAGACUAUGUGUAUCAGUACAGGAACUAGAACAUAAACUCACAAUCCAUAAUGCUACGAUAGAAGAUGAGGGUGAUUACACAGUUGAUUAUGGUGAUGUGAAAUCAAGCACAACUCUAACACUUAAAGGAAAUCUAGUAUUCACGAAACAACUUCAAGACACGUUUGUUUAUGUCGGCGAACCAGCAAUUAUCACAUGCAAACUCAAUGUUUCUGACAAAGCAGUUAUAUGGCGACAUGAUUACAAACCUGUAGAAGCAACAGAUAACUUAAAACUUGUUGCAGAUAAAUGUACGCACUGGGUAGCGAUUUCAAAUACAAAGUUGACAGAUGCAGGAUAUUAUUCGUGCGUAUGUGGCAUAGAAUCAACAAAGGCUUCCCUCAAAGUUUCAGAAAGACCUUUGAUGAUAACCGAGGAAUUGCAUGUAACUACAGCAGAGGCAGAUGUCAGAGAGAAUAUGGAUAUUGUUCUAAUGUGUUCGGUAAGCCUACAUACGAAUAAAGUGAUAUGGAAACAUGAUGGCACAGAAAUCAUAUCAUGUAUAAGACGCCAGGUCACAGUGCAUGGACUAGAACACAAACUGACAAUUAGGAAUGCAACGUUUGAGGAUGACGGUGAUUACACAGUUGCCUUUGGGGAGAAAAAGUCAAGUACAAACUUGAUAAUAAAAGGCAAUCUUAAUCUUUUACACAAAAAGCAACUGACAGAAGAUCUGUUCCAAAACUGGAUCAGAGGUGCUCUUGGUAUAAAAUAUUUGAAACAGGGUAUACAGGAGUUUGCUGAAAAUUCCGUACAAUCUCAUUACUAUGAAAUUAAAAAGCAGCUUCCAUCUAUUGUAUGUGAAAACUGCACAGAAGAUGUUCUUCUCCCAUCACACACACAGGGACAGUGCCCAAGGAAAUCAAAGUGUCUAUGUUCUAAACAGCAAAGAAACAGGAGGGUUUGUCAAAGCCAAGGAUUUUGUAGUAAGUUUUAUGAUAAGAUAUUUUUUGAUCACCGGUUCUUCGAUUUAACGCUUACGAACACAGAUAUACAAUCGUGGGGAAUCGAUCCCUGGAGUGUUGCUACGUGCUAUAUCAGUACUACUGGUUACAGAGGCAAGCCGUCAGCGAACGAGAUUGACUGUUCGGGACUACUGAGUAUGUUGAUCAACAACACUUUUAUCCAUAGAAUUCUUGGUGACGUCGAAAUAAACGGAGAAACAGAUCUUUUUAAACAGGCGAAGGAUACACGCAACGAUAUACUUCACAAUGCGAACUAUGAGUUAUCUGAAGGUCAACUGCAAUGUUAUAUUGAUUUGUUCAAAGACGUUUUGGAAAUGAAAGAUGCCAAAGGCGGAUACCCACUUUCCAGACAACCAGGUGCUCAAGAUGCCAUUAGUAAUCUGAAUGAGUUACAGCAAAAGCAGAUUGAUAUACGUGCAUCUCAAGAUUUUAAAAAGCAAAUACAAGACAUAAGAGAACAUGCAAGGGGUGAAUUAUCGGAGAAGAUAGAGGAGGCCGAGAAGCAAAACAAGAGGAGAGUCCAACAGUUAGAGGAACAAUUAGAAAUGACAGAGAAAGACCUUCAGCUGAUGCGUGACCUCAGAUCAACAAAGGCAAAAAGUGAAAAGACUAAAGUGCCUUUCGAACUAGACCUACAUAUACAAGUUAAUGGACCAACGGGUGAGAUAAGCACAGAAGGGAAUCAACGUAUAUACGAAACCAUGAACAACUACGUAACAAACCGCAAUAUGAAAGUAGAUGCGCAUAUAAACUCUACUGAUCAAUCGGUCAACCGCCUGCUUGGAAAAAUUAGUAAACUUAAAGACUGUAAAAUUUCUGAUGGUUUAAGAACAGAGAAAUCUGCCUGCAUCAAAAUACACUGUUUUACUUGUGACGCAAUUGAAGUGUUUCUCAAGUUAAUCAAUGGAAACGAGUUUCAAGAGGAAGUAGUUGUUCUACAAAAAUGCGUAGAGAGGGAGGAAAACAUAAAAGUACAUGAUGUGAUAGUGAGCUGCUCAUCGGAAAGCAUAGGAAAUACAAGAAAGCGUCUAUAUGGCCGUGGUUCAACCCGAGACUUCAGUUGUAGUAAUCAUCAAGGUACGCAGUGCACGUGGUAUUGUUCUGACCAUGACGUUUUUUGCUGCUCGACAUGUAAGGAGUCAGAUCAUAGAUCCUGUGUUGGAUUAAAGCAAGUCGUAUCAGAAAGGUCUUACGGGAAACAGAAUCAAACGCUUGCCGUUAAACGUAUGAUAGGAAACUAUAAUGUACAGAUAAAGAAUCGUUUGAUUAACAGAGACGACAAUGAUGAAGAUGACUGUGGUAUACGCUGUAUCCAUAUGCUUCCUGAUGGUAACGUUCUCCUUCUUGAUAGUUAUAACAGGAAGCUGAAGAAACUGGACAGUUCGUACAAUGUUGUCAGUCACUGUGAUUUUCCCGUUCCCUAUGAUUUUACUGACGUGUGUUACAUAGGUGACGAUAGAGCUGUUGUCUGUAGUAUGAAUGGUACAAUUCAGUAUGUGAAUGUAUCCGGUAAGAUGAAGCUUGAGCAUAAUGUACAGCUUGACCACAAAUGUUUCGGUCCGAUUUGUCAUGGUGAUACACUCUAUGUCAAAGGUGAUGACGAAAUAUAUACCUAUACCAUAAACUGUCAGGAGAAACAUCUUCUUUACAAAAUAAAAGUAACAUACCUAUUUUCCUCCCGUAUUGCUAUAAGUGAUGACGGUGAACGAAUUUAUAUUACAUAUGGUCAUGCACAACUUAUAACAAUAGAUAACAAAGGAAACCAUCUGUUUACUUUGGAGACUGACACAGGGCAUCCAAUACGAGAUGUAUGUGUUGUUGGGGACGGUACUGUACUUGUAUUAGACACUGAAGAAAGAGUACAUCAGGUUGAUUAUAGCGGUAAACAAAUUCUUGGAACAUUUGUUGUUGACCGGUCAUAUGAUAGAGUUAUAAAACGCAGGUUGUGCUUUGAUAGACAACGAUGUAGUCUAAUCUUAAUAAGCAAGAGAAAAAACUGUAUAUCUGUCUUUAAGCUACAGCAUCGCAAUAGUGAUACAGAUAUGAAUUAACGUACUGGAUGCAAGAAAAUGCUAAAAAGUAUACAUUAGUUUAAACUACAUCUAAUACAUUCAUUGUGUUAAGAGUGAAGAAUAUACAUGAGUUGAAUACGGAAUCCUGUUCGUGCCACUUAAAUUCUCGCCUCGCCAACACGCGACAACGCUAUAAUUAUCGCAUUCUCGCCUUGUCCGAAAACAUUUAUACAUGCGCGAUUUAACAAUCCUCGCGAGAAUUAUCAUCUUAAUUUUCGCAUGUCUUUCUUAAACCUCGCAUCGUGAAAUUGAAAUCCAGUAUACAUAGUUGCCAAUUUGUAAUGUAAAACCUCGCAUUGUCGCCCGGUAAUAAGGAUUAUUUCUUACUACAGCACCGUUUGUGAAAUUUUCUGCUACACCGUUAACAAAGGGAAACUAAGGAAUCCGGUUAGAGUCCCAUUGAAUGCCGACGAAAUAUUGUUAAAAAAAACCAGAAUGAAAACAAUUUUCUACACGCCGUCGGGAAAAUUUGCUAAACUUUGCAAUUUUUGCUUAAAAUAUUAGCCGUAAAAUAAGUGCUUAUGAAAUAUUUAUUUUACGUAAAUAACUGCAAGUAAAACUUUUUGUAGAAAAUGACACUAUUUGAAAGUCUGUAUUAAAAUAGAAAUAUCUGUUCGUCCGUCUGUACGUAAUUUAGGAUAAAAGCUGUAUUUCCGUACGGAAUUAUCCGUGUUUUUCAAUAACUUCAACUAAUUCUAGAAUGUCCAAACAAAAGAUAUUUUUAUGAAAUAACUUCUAUAAAUAAAAUGUAAAUAUUGUCUAAACGCCUUUUCGGCGGCGUUGCGCCGAUAGUGUAUAUACAUUAACAUUUUAAUUAUUUAUGAUGCAUUUUAGGGUGAUUUUAUGUAUUAUUUAAUUUAUUUAGAUAAAUAUUGGAGACUAAUUUUGAAAAGAAUGCGUUAAACAUGAUUAUUUAUCUUUACUUUUUACCGAAUUGCGCUAAAGAUAUCAUGAAUGUGAUGUAAAAAUUACGGGUUCUAAAAUGUAUGUUUUCUAAUUUGAAGAUCAUUCAAAUGAUUCAAAUGUUGAAUACUGAAAUUUAAACUUUUACCAUCUUUGAAUAUAUAUGAAAUCAUUUUAAAAAGUCAACCCUUUUAUUGAAAGUACGUGCUUCUUUUAUUGAUGACACUGUUAUUUACUUGUUUUAUUACUAUAUAUAUCAUUAAAUAUUUUAUUGUUCAUCUUUGAUCUUUCUAUACAAAUGUGUACAUGUACUUUAUAAGUUUUUUUUUUCUAUAUAAUAGAAUCUUAUGAAUUUUAAAGAAAAAAUGUGUCUAUGUGAUUAAUACAGUCUUAUGACUCUAGGUAUGGAAUGAUAAUUUAUACUUAAGAAAUAUAUACCUUUUUUCGUUUUCAUUUAAAUAUCUCUUUAUCACAUAUGAUUAUACAUUGUGCUAUUCCUAUAAUCAUUGAAAUGAAAGAUAUUCGAUCAUAUUCUUUCGAUGAUAAUUUAUUUGCACAGUAUAAAUAAAAUUUGUAUCUUGUAUCUUGUAUCCAUAUAACAUAAGUUUAGCACAGGCUCCGUAUUUUCGUGCACUCUUAGACUUUUUUUAUAACUUAUUUUAAACAGUUCUUAGGUUGAAAACUUUCAUCUUGAAAAUCUUAAACAUAAACGGGCUAAGAAUCUUAAAAAGUAUCUUAGAAAAAAAAAGAAACUUUAAGGAGGCUCGUCUUGAAAUUUAAGAUAAAGACUCGAUUUCUAAGAUAUUUUUUCCGUAUUAUUUUUUUUUCUAUCUUAGAAAAGAUCUUAAAUAACAUCUGUCUCAGACAUAAUAUUAUAUAUUCUUUACGAAAAUAUGGACCAAGAUAAUUAUAACAUUUCAUAAAGAAUGAAAAUUAAAGAUUUUUUUAUAUAAAUUAUACAUAAUAUCUAAAGGCACGAACCAUACUCGUAUUUAUCAUUUAUAUCUAUGAAUGUUUGUUGCUUGUGAUUAAAA